AUGGCUGCCGCUCCCACAAAUGUGCGGCAAUUUCACCAAGAUGCUUCCAUCGUCUUGGUUGGCUGUCGAGGUGCCGGCAAGCGAUCUCUAGGCUUCAUCGGCGCUCUUCACCUCAGGAGGCGCCUGGUCACCGAGGACCAUUACUUCCAGCAAGUCACUGGCACAACGAGGACAGCUUACCUGACUCAACACGGCAAGGAGGCUUUCGCUCGCCAGAUUUCAGAAGUUUUCAAGCGUAUGCUGGACGACAAUCGGAAGAAGUGUAUCAUUGAAUGUGGCAUGAGCAGUUUCUCCGAGGAUGCUCAGUCUUGUCUCCGAUCGUACAGCGAGUCUAAUCCGGUCAUCUAUAUCCACCGCGAAAAGGAGGAGAUCUUGCGCUUGCUAGACUCGGCGGACGGAGAACGCAUACUACGGGCAGAUCGGAGCCACAGGUCUUGCUCCAACCUGGAAUACUACAACUUAUACGACCCCUCAGGCGUGAAGCCCUUCCUAUCACCAGACUCAAACGGGGGAGGCUGGGAUAGCCAGCUCGCAGUAACAUCGAGCUUGCUUAAUGCGAAGCAAGACUUCACGCGAUUUCUUGACUUUGUAACCGGCCAGGGGCUGACACGGGCUUGGCUAGAGAGCCCCUUCUCAAUACGAGCCAUACCGCCAGAAUACAGGCAAUACUCAUACGCUUUGCGUCUGAGAGUAUCCUAUCUUGUUGAUAUGGACCUGGAAUGGGAAGACUUCGAGGCUCGAGGGGAUUGCGUAGAGCUUGUGAUUGAUCAUUGGCCGACCGACUUGUCAACAUUUAUCGCGAGACAAGUGGCACUAAUACGACGGAAACUUGCCGUGCCAAUAAUAUUCCACGUGGAAGAGAACCCUCGGGAUGAGCCGAAGAGGUCGGCCGAGGACAGAAAACGAAUGGAUACGGAGCUGCUGGAGCUGGGUCUUCGGCUUGGCGUGGACUACCUGAGUAUCGACCUACAGAGGACAGACAUACCAAUCACACAUCUUCUGGAGCAUCGGGGCAGAUCCAAGAUAAUCGGCAAUUUCUGGAAUCUGGGGCUUGCAACGAUACCUUGGUCGGACGAAAGUCAGGUGGAAAACUACAAGUAUGCCCAGUCACUUGGAUGCGACAUCGUCCGCAUGGUUCGUUUCUGCUCAGGGGACAGCACCAACGAGAUGCUCACCGAGUUUCGGGACAAGAUCCAGGCACUCAUACCGGAUCCGAAGCCCGUACUGGUGGCAUACGACUUCUCCGUUCUUGGUGUGAGGACUCCUCUCCAGGGUCGUGUUCUUAACCCAGUCAAGCAUCCCGAUCUGGAGAACCUCCGAGACCACCUCGCAACAGUCUGCACGGCUCAUGGCUCCUUUGAACUUCUCUUCCGGCAAUUUGAACUUGAACCUCUGCAAUUCUAUACACUCGGCGCAAAUGUCUCCUAUUCACUCUCGCCGUACAUGCACAAUGCCGCGUACGAGUACACAGGCAUGCCGCACAACUUCCAAGCGGUGCAGUGCAUGACGACAGACGACCUGAACAUCAUCUGCUCAGACGCCAAUUUCGGCGGCGCAUUGCUGACGGCCCCCUUCAAGGUGGCCAUCGUGCCGCACCUGAAGCUCAAGAGCCACCACGCCAGCGUCAUCGGCGCUGUCAACGUGCUGCUGCCCCUGCGCGGCAAGACGUCCUUCAUCCUCGACCACGCCAACUCGCGCAACAAGUCGGGCCGCACCAACGAGUUCUACGGCGACAACACCGACUGGCAGUCCAUCUUCACGUGCCUGCGCCGCGCCAUCAGCCCGCGCAACUUUGUGCGCGCCUCCAAGACGACCGGCCUCGUCAUCGGCGCCGGCGGCAUGGCGCGCGCGGCCAUCUACGCGCUCAUCCAGCUCGGCUGCCGCAACAUCUUCGUGCACAACCGCACCGUCGAGAACGCCCAGCGCGUCGCCGACCACUUCAACUCGUGGGCCGCCGCCAACGGCACCGUCGCCGCCGGCAAGUACAUCUGCCACGUGCUCGGGUCCGUCGCGCAGCCCUGGCCGCCCAGCUUCCAGCCGCCCACCCUCAUCGUCUCGUGCGUGCCCACCACCAGCGUCGACGGCAACCCCCCCGCGGACUUUGAGAUGCCGCUGCAGUGGCUUGGCAGCCCCACCGGCGGUGUGGUUCUCGAGCUUGCCUACGAGCCGCUCAUCACCCCACUCGUCGCGCAGAUGCAAGUAUUCAGGGACACGGUUUCGCCGUCGUGGGUGGUCGUAGACGGCCUCGAGAACCUCGGGGAGAUGGCCAUUGAGGCCUUUGAGCUGAUGACCGGCCGGCUGGCGCCCAGGAGGCUGAUGAAGGACGUGUGUAGGCGGACGUGGGAGCAGCACAGGCGGGACUUCUCGUCAAUGUCAUGA